AUGUUCUCAAUAUGGAAAAGAAUGAAGAAUAGUCAUUGCUACAAAAUAAUGUUUUGUAUCGGUGUUAUUGAUAUGUUAACACUUUUGUGUAAUGGAUUAUUAACUGGUUAUUUGGGUUAUUAUGGUUAUGUUUUUUGUUCUUCUCCCCGUUUUAUUUAUAUUGCUGGGGCUUAUGCACUAGGUUGUUGGUGUGCUGAAACAACAAUGGAGGUUGUUUUGGCUAUAAACCGUUGUGCUGAGCUUUGGUCAAGCGUUUUAGCAGAUAAAUUGUUUAACGGUAAAAAGUUGUUUGCUUGGAUUUCAAUUCCAGUAAUUUAUGGUUUAGCAAUGGCUUUCUUUACAAAGACCGUAGCUUUCAGUAGCAUUUACUUUGGUUGGUUUUUCAAUCCACAUCUGUCAUACAUUGAAGAUACCAAUGAAACUGUAAGUUACUGUUAUCAAUCAACUUAA